ACCACCAUAUAUUAUGGUUACCUGGUUGUUAUAGCACUGUUUGAGGCCAUUUAAAGUGCAUGUAACCCAUCCAGUGUAGACAAUAGAACUAAAGGCCCCCCGCUGCUCUUUAGGUGUAAACAAAGCCUUGGGGCCUCUGGAAGACAACAGGCAGCGCUGUGCCGAUCACAUUGCUUUACAUCAAGCUGCAGGCUACACUUUCGGUGGACAAGCUUGCUGGUCAGCUCCAUUGGUAAACACACACAUAACCAUACAAAAAGAAGCUAUACAAGCUAUAAGAACAGCUAUAUCGUCAAACUCAACAUUUAGGAUUAUUUUGUAAGUAUUGGUUGGUACUUUGCUGCUUUAUUAGAUAGUAGAAAGUGGAAAUGUGACAGGACAUGACAUGUAGCAAAGGUCAUGGUGUCUCUGGCUGAACUUGACCCGGGGUGGGAUCCCGUGGUCAACAUUUAAGACCCCUCGGCUACUAGGAUGCUCCAACAUUUGCCGGUUUGUUGGUACAAGAUACAACUUAAAAUUCAGUGCUUCUGUCCUUUAAGGGAACCCGAUCAAGCCCUUUCCUUCCCAUCUCAGAUUAAGCGUCUGAAGGAUCUAGAGAAGGAGAAGGACGCUCUGUGCUCCGGUCUGGAGAUCCUGGAGAAGACUCGUCUGUGGUACCUCCAGCAGCUGGAGGAGAACAGAGCCAGGCAGGGUAACAUCGAGACCAAAAGUGGGGUCGGCUCCUGCAAGGAAGGUGCAGCAGAGGCUCGGUCUUGCCUCCUCAGGUGUCGUAUCCAACGGGUAAAUGGCUCUCUGGGCUCUGUGAUGAGUGAGCCCAAUGCCACAAGCAGCAGCAACCCUUCUCUGCUGGAUGCAGUGGCAGACAGUGACCUCCGGUGGCAAAACACAGUACUGACUCAGGAGGUGAGUGACAAGAAUCUUCAGAUCUCCAUGUUGGAGCUGGAAAAAGAUGCUCUCCUCGAACAGCUUGAUGAACUGCAGGCCCAUUGAUUGCAUUAAUACACAUGUGCACAUGCGUACAGGCAGGCACUUGAGCUGCACUGCAAACUUUCACGUUUUGCCACACAGUUGCCAACUUUCAGCCACUUGUAAAUAUGUAUUUAAAUUAAUAAAUGACAGUUAAAGGAUGCAGCA